CGAUGAUGUCUGGUGUGGUUUGGUCUGCUCCGCCUCUCACUCGCUCAAUGGUCACUGGCCGGUCGCGUUCGAUCUCCAAUUUACAUUUUUCGUGCCAUUUAGAGGUUUUUAGUUCGCGGCCAAUUGCCAGCGCCAUUAAAUCGAAUCGAGUGAACCGAUGGCUGCCCCACCAGCCGUUAAACGCCUGCCAGACAACCAAAAGAUGGCUCCAGUCCAAAUGCCCAAAAUAACAAUUACAAGCAACAGCACCAGCACCAGCAGCAGCACCAGCAGCAAAGGCGCGACAAAGGCAACAGCCGCUGCACCCAAAUCCCCAGACGGCCUCACCGCCCUGGUGCCCAAAAAGAGUCUUACCUCGAUGUCCGAUGAGGAAAUCAUUCAGGAGAAUCUUAAGGAAAUAUUGGAUCUUAAAUCGCGCGUAAGUUGUUCGUCGUGACGCGAUUGUGAGUCAUUCAAAACAAAACACACAAUACCUUGAUUUCUGAUUUAUGGCUACACAGGGAGGGCAGUUUGCCAGCGCCAAAGGGAUAAGCACAAACGUGCCAUGAAAAACAUCGAGGAGGUGGCCAUGAAGAACAAGAGCGAGCUGGAGGAAAAACAUUCGCGUUUGAAGCACUCGCACGGCUAUGGACACGGACACACGCCCACGGAUGUGGAUCAGCAGAGCUGCAGCGGCAGUGGUAGCGCCACGAGCAGUCUGCACUACGUGAACGAGCUGCUGCCGAACGGGGAGCAUCGCAAGAAACAGCGCCGCCAUAGACAGCGGCAGCGUUUAAGCGCCGAUGGGCACGGGGAGCGGCCAGGACGUGCGCCGCGUGCGUCUGGUGCCACCACAGAGGCGACUGUGCAUCGCAGCGGUGGGGCCAAGAGGCCAAGCAUUAGGCAGAAACUCUUCGGCCAAAGCAUAGCCCAUGUGAAGCUGGUGGAGACGCAAAGCGACAGCAUGGACUCGACGGGCGGUCCUGGGGGUUCUGGUGUUCCCAGCGAGAAGCGCAAACGGCUGCAGCGCAUGGACACCCUGCCCAUGCCCCAGGUGGUGCGCAUGAGUUCGGCGCCAUAGGGUAGAGUAGAGAAAGGGAAUGGGAAUGGGAAUGGAAUGGGUAAUGGCCUUGCUAUUGUAUCGAGUAAAUAAAUGUAUUAUAAAAAAUAUAAA